CACGAUUGGAAGAACCCGGGCAAAGUCACCCCACCUAUAAGAUCACUCUAUGGUAUAUGGUACAUGGGCUCUCUCAAUCCAAUCCCCUAAACCCUGUUCUAAAAAACCCCUACUUCAUUAAACCGUUAUACUAUUCCAUCCAACCGCCAAUCAAAUUCGUCAGAGUUUUCGAACAAUUUUUGUCUUAAACUUUCCGAUUUCUCAACGUUUAGAAUCCCUAAUUCAUUUGCAGAGCUUCUUCCAGACUCCAGUUGACUUCUAGGCGUUUUCUCUCUCCUCCUCCAUUGAUUGUUCAAGUAACAACUGGUUCAGUCUAUACUGUAUUGGGCUUCCUGCAUUUUGCUCCUUCGUCCGUUGGAAACCUCGCUUGUACACCAUCUCUCUUGUUUGGUUGGAGUUCUUGGGCAUGGACGAUGUGAAGGAUAAAGUUAAGGGUUUCAUGAAGAAGGUGAAUAAUCCUUUCUCAUCUUCGUCUUCUGGUAAAUUCAAGGGCCAGGGGAGAGUACUGGGUUCUUCUUCUUCUUCUUCUUCUGGUCCUUCAAAAUCGAAUCUUGCUCGCCCUACCCAGAUCGUCGAUUCAAGACAAAAUCCUCCUGUAUCGAAUCCAAAGCCCAAGCCGCAGAUACCCCAGACUAAUUCUGAUAGCAACCAGAGGCUGAAGAACGAGCCUAUUCCGCAGAAACAGAAUGCUCUCAAUUCCGAUCACAAAGAAGUAGAUGGUUUUGAUCCUUUUGGGUCUUUGGUUACCUCGGGAAAACGUUCUCAGAAUGGCUAUUCUCUUAAUGUUUUUGAGUGCCCAGUUUGUAAUACAUCUUUCAGGUCCGAAGAGGAUGUGUCUUUACACAUUGAGAGCUGCGUAAUUGAUAAGGUUGAAAAUGCUGAUGUUGUUGAGGAAUCACAAGCUAAUGUGUCCAAUGCAGGCGCUCGGAAUGAACUGAUGGGUUGUGUUGGAGUCUUUCUUUCUGGAAGUCCGUUAGAAGGGUCAGUGGAGGUUGUUCUUAAGCUUUUGAGGAAUAUCAUUAAAGAACCGAACAAUGCCAAGUUCCGAAGAAUUCGGAUGAGCAAUCCAAAGAUAAGAGAGGCUGUUGGUGUAGUGGCAGGAGGGGUCGAGUUGCUGGAGUGUGUUGGAUUUAGACUCCAAGAAGAAGAUGGAGAGAUGUGGGCAGUUAUGGAAGAACCUUCCGAGGAGCAGAUAUCUCUAAUCAAAGGGUCCACAUUGUUACUAGAGCCACGGAAGACAGAAGAUGUACCAUGCUUCUCAAGAAAGGUGGAAGAAUUGCCAUCUGUGGCAUCAACUGAGGUAGAAGUUCCUGUGGAGUCAAAGAAAAUUGAUAGACAGAUUCGGGUCUUCUUUUCUGUUCCUGAAAGCAUAGCAAGGCAAAUUGAUCUGCCAGAGUCUUUCUACAACCUCUCUGCUGAAGAGCUGAGAAGAGAAGCUGAGAUGAGGAAGAAAAAGAUUGCUGAAUCUCAGUUACUUAUUCCAAAGUCAUAUAAGGAGAAGCAGGCGAAAGCUGUGAGGAAGCGGUACAAAAAUGCUGUUAUUCGAAUCCAGUUUCCUGAUGAAGUAGUCCUCCAAGGUGUCUUUUUCCCAUGGGAGCCAACGACAGUACUUUAUGAGUUUGUCAGCUCAGCACUAAAAGAACCCAGUAUGGAAUUUGAGCUAUUACAUCCAGUAAUGAUCAAGCGGCGGGUGAUCCCACGGUUUCCUGUAGGUGGAGAUAGAACACCAACACUAGAGGAAGAGGACUUGGUACCGAUGGCUCUUGUGAAGUUCAAACCCAUAGAGACAGAUUCAGUUGUCUUCACUGGGCUCUGCAAUGAGUUCCUAGAGAUCAGUGAACCACUUCGAGUUGAUGGAUAAGUUGCUUCAGCAUAAAUCUAGAGGCUUAAACUCCUUGGUGAUAUAGUGAUUGUUUUUCUAAACUCUUCAAGUGCUGGGUCUUAGAGCCAUUAUUGUAAAUGCAUUUUCCAUGCUGUAGCCAUUCCUUGAUUGCUGGUUUCAGUGUUUCAGACCUACUGGGUUGACGUUGCAAAAAGAAAACUUGGUGCUCAUCAACUUUUAAUUUUCAUACCUUCUGGAAAAAGAAAAAAAAAAAAAGGACGUACCCAGUGCACAAGGCUCCGUUAUGGUAUGCAAAUGUUUCAUACCUUUUGAAUAGGUCUAUAUUUUUUCAACGAACUUAUUGCUGAGUGAUUGAUGUAUCCAAUAACUAGAAUGUAAAUAUCAUUCAUGACAAAUCUACUAUAUGAAUAAGAAGGUAGAAUUGGUCCCGAAUUUCAUAUUA